AUGAGUACAAUCAACCUCAAAUUCCGGAUUGCAACACCAAAUGAUGCUCCCGGCAUUCAGAAUCUCGUGCAAUCUGCAUUCCGCAGUGAAGACAGUAGACCGGACUGGACGGCGGACAUGAAACUCGGAGCUAGCUAUUCCAUCAGCGUCGAAGAGAUUGAGAAUCAAAUCACGAAGCCCGAUAGUGCGACACUGUUGGCUCUCGAUGCCAAUGAUAUGCUUGUUGCUUCUGUUGCAAUAUCGAAGCGUGGCAACCUUGCUCGACUCGCAAAUGUGGUCGUAGACCCGAGCCAGCAGCAGGGCGGUAUCGGUCGUCGGCUUUUGGAGCACGCUGAGGAUUACGGCCGUCGUGAAUGGGGUGCGAGAAAAUUUGGGCUGAACGCCUUAUCAACGAGGGAGCAGCUGAUUUUGUGGUAUACACGCCGUGGUUAUGAGAAGACGGGGGAAGUGUCAGCGUUUCCAGUUGAGAAAUUCAGGAAUUUGGACCUGCCUGAUGACUUAUGCUUUGUAGAAAUGGAGAAAACCUUGACGGCAUUCCCUGUCGUAUCUGCUAUUGCAUAA